CCCACAACACACACACACACAAGCGCCAGCGAUGGCGCCCUUCCCCGUGCCCGACCACAUCCCGACGCCCCAGGGCCAGAACUGCCCCACCUUCGCCCCGCCGCCGCUCGACGGCAGCUACACCGUCCCCGAGCUCUUCGACUACAACGCCGCGCACAACCCCGCCCACCCGCUCUUCGUCUACGCCGACCCCGCCGCGGGAGACCGCGCAGGCCAGACGCGCACGAUUCGGUACCCCGAGGCGUGGCGCAUGAUCAGGAGGACGGCCGCGGUCGUGCACGCGAAUUAUAGGCGCCGCGAGGCCGAGUAUCGCGCGCAGGAGGGCGUGCGGCCGGCGGGGCAGGGCCCGACCAUCGGCAUCCUCGCCAACCUAGACACGAUCAGCUACUUCUCCAUGCUCGUCGCGACGAUGCGCCUCGGCUUCGUCCCCUUCCCCAUCUCGAUCCGCAACUCCCCCGCCGGCGUCGCCCACCUCCUCUCGCGCACGCACGUCAUCCAGCUCUACGUCAGCCCCGACCCCGCGAUGCGCCGCCUGUGCGCGGAGGCGGUCGCGCUGCUCGCCGCGGAGGACGGCGGCGUGCAGGUGGAGGUGCUGCCGGUCGUGCAGUUUGCGGAGAUCGAGGACGCGGCGUGGGAAGGCGCCGAGGCGGAGGAGCCCCAAGUCGCGUUCGGGAAGCUCGACCUCGACAGCGUCGCGUGCCUCAUGCACUCCUCAGGUUCGACGUCGUUCCCGAAGCCGAUAUAUAUUGGCCAUCGGACGUUCUUGCAGUGGACGAUGUUGCCGUCCUUCGGCCAGGUCGACCUCUGCAGCACCGUCCUCGGCGUACACGCCGUGCCCCUCUUCCACGCGAUGGGCAUCGUGAACGUUAUCUGGACCGUACGUCUCACAUUCUCGCUCUUCCCUCCCGCAUACGCGCGCGCGCGCGCACGAGUGCUGAACGUCUCCCCUUGCCUCUGCCCCGCUGUACACCCCGCCCGCCGCUGCGCAUCGCUGUCCCCCCGCCCGCCGCUGCGCAUCGCUGUCCCCCCGCCCGCCGCCUACGCCGCCCACGCCGCCCCGCGCGCGCCGGCACAGGUCGUCUCGGGCCUCAUCAUGGGCGUCUUCCGGCCGUCCCUCCCGCCGACCGUGCCGACGCCCGAGCGCUACCUCGCGGGGAUCAAGGCGACGCGGAGCGACGUGCUGUUCUGCGUCCCGUCGUUCGUGGAGGCGUGGGUGCGCGACCCGGAGAAUAUCCCGGCUAUGAAGUCCUUGCGCGCGAUCGUCUACUCGGGCGCGCCGAUGAACAAGGCGAUCGGCGACCAGCUCGCGCGCCUGGGUGUCGCGCUCUUCCCGUUCUACGGCGCGACGGAGAUCGGGUGCUUCAGCAUGUUCAUCCCGUCCGAGGUGCCGGCCGUCGACGAGUGGGAGUAUUUCAAGAUCUCGCCCCACCUCGAGGUCGAGAUGCUCCCCCAGGAGGGCGCGGACGAUAUCUUCGAGGCGACUAUUGUCCACACCCCGUACUUCAAGCCGAACGUGAUCAACGGGACGGCGCGGGACGGCCGCGGCGUGUACCGUACGAGCGACCUCGUGCAGCGCCACCCGCGCGACCCCGAGCGAUGGAGGAUGUACGGCCGCGCAGACGACCAGCUGAUGCUGUCUACCGGCGAAAAGACGAACCCCGGGCCCCUAGAGGCCAUACUGGUGCACGACCCGCACGUCGCUGCCGCGAUCAUGUUCGGCCGCGGCCGCUUCCAGAACGGCGUCCUGAUCGAGCCCAAGGCCGAGUUUGCGUUCGACCCGAAGGACGAGGAUCGCCUCGCCGAGUUUAGGAAUAAAGUCUGGCCCUCGGUCGAGCGCCUCAACCAGUUCGCGCCCGCGCACUCGCGGCUGUUCAAGGAGAUGAUCCUCGUCGCGGACCCGCAGAAGCCGUUCGAGUACACGCCCAAGGGCACCCCGCGGCGCCACGUCGUCAUCAACGCGUACGCGCCCGAGAUCGAGGCGCUCUACGCCGCCGUCAGGGACGCGUCCCAGACGGACCUCGCCCCGCCCGCCGCGUGGACCCCGCACGCGACGCGCGAGUUCGUGCGCGCGGCCGUGGAGAGGGUGCUCAAGCGCGCGCUCGGCGACGCGGACGACCUGUUCCAGGAGGGGUGCGACAGCCUGCAGGCGACCUACAUCCGCAACACCGUCCUGCACGCCCUGCGCCAGUCGUCGCGCGUCGCGCUGCACGCGCUCCCGGCCAACUUCGUGUACGACAACCCCACGAUCGCGGCGCUCGCCGCCUUCAUCCUGCGCCUCUUCUCUGCGGGCGCGGACGGCGGCGCAGACGCAGAGGCCGCGGCCGCGGCGACCGCGCGCACGCUCGACGCGCUCGUGGAGAAGUACGCCUCUGGGUUCACCACGCACGUCGCGCGGCCGGGCGCCGAAGCUGCGGCGAGCGCGGACGAGGUCGUGCUCGUGACGGGCACGACCGGGCGCCUCGGUGCGCACCUGCUCGCGCAGCUCGCCGCGCGGCCGUCCGUGCGCAAGGUGUUCGCGCUGAACCGCCCGGGUGCCGACACGGGCGCGCGGCAGCGGGAUGCGUUCGUGGCGUGGGGGCUGGACGUGGGCGUGCUCGCGGGAGGCAAGGUCGUGCUGCUCACGGGCGACCUCGCGCAGUCGCGGCUGGGCCUUGGGGAAGCGUACGACGAGGUGCGGACGUCGAUCACGGGCAUCAUCCAUAACGCGUGGCGCGUGGACUUCAACCUGUCGAUCACGUCCUUCGAGCCGCUCAUCGCAGGCGUGCGCAACCUCGUCGACCUCGCGCUGGCGUCGCCGCGCUCGACGGCGCCCAGCGUGCUCUUCACGAGCUCGAUCUCGGUGCUCAUCAACCAGCCGUCGCCCGUGCCGGAGCUCCCGAUCGCGGACGCGCGCGGGGUCGUCGGGCUCGGGUACGGCGAGAGCAAGUGGGCGGCGGAGAGCGUGCUGCUGCGCGCGGCGCGCGAGGCGGGUCUCCGCGCGAACGUGGUGCGCGUCGGGCAGCUUUCUGGGGACCGCGCGCGCGGCGGGUGGAACGCGAAGGAGUGGGUGCCCGCGCUGCUGCAGGCGUCGCGGGUGCUCGGUGCGGUACCGCGUCGGGAGGAGGAUAUUUCGUGGGUGCCGGUGGACGUCGCCGCGUCCGCGCUGCUGGAGAUGCUCGGCUCGCCCGAGCCCGUGCUGCACCUCGUGCACCCGCGCCCCGUCAAGUGGAGCGUCGUCAGCGACGCCGCGUCCAAGGCGCUCGGCGUCCCGACCGUCCCGUACGCGGAGUGGGUAGCGAAGCUGCAGGCCGCGCACCGUGCCGCGGCGGAAGCCGGGGCCGACCACGAUGCGGCGGAUAGAAAUGCGGGGCUGCAGCUCGUGGACUUCUUUGCGAACAAGCUUGCGGGGGAGACGGCGGUCGUGCUGGGUACGGAGCGCGCGGUGCGGGCGGCGGGGAGCUUGGCGAGCGCGGAGGCGCUCGGGGCGGGGGACGUGGAGAAGUGGAUCGAGUAUUGGCGGGGGAUUGGGUUUUUGGCACCCGCUGCAGAGGGUGCGGGUGCGGGUGCUGUGUGA